AUGGGCGAUAGCAGCGAUUCUGAGGAAUUUUACGACGCUGAAGAGUUCACACCCAUUAAAGGUUCCAAAAGGUCAUCACUAUGCAAGAAUAUAAGUGUAACAGAGAGUGGAGAUGCUCCAGAGAAGGACAAGACUUCAGCUUUGAAGACGGAGGCUGUUCAGGCACUACCAGGUCCUCGAAGUACUAACUCUGUAGCUACAGAAACUGCACCUGUUGAAGAUGACCGGACUACAGUAAACAGUUUGGUGCAAGGUCGGCGAAGAUUCCAUGAGUUACGUCUUUGCAUGCAGACUGAGGAGGAGGACGAGGGUGUGCCUGAUGCUACCGGCUCAGUAGAUCAGCAAACUUUCACAUCUGAGCAUCCAUUCAAAAUAAUAGCACACGACACAAUGAGCCUGCAGAGUAUGACGUCACUAGGCAGGAUCGGCAGAAUACUCAGUGGAGCAUCAGAAUCCCACUCGAACAUCCGUGAUACCGCGCCGGUACCAUCGGUGUCAUCGAGGGAGCCCUCCACCAUAUCCGACGAACAACUCACCUCAGAGAAUAGAACCCAGAAUGUGCUAGCGAUGGCAGAGCCGGACGUGAUAGCGAGUACGAAGGCGAACAGUUUGAAACACAACCGCGGCGGCGGCGCCAUCGUCGCCGUCAGCGGCUCCACGGAACCGCGCGCGCAGCCCGUCGCGCCGCCGCGCAGGAAGAAGCGCAACAAGUUGCAUGGAUCUCAGUCUCUAUCGACAACGGACGGCGACAACUUGAGCGUAUGUACUACAGACACGGAUGAAUAUCGAUACAUCGCGCGACGACCGGACAAACCACAGCUCGAUUCUUUGAUUGUUGAGCCACCUCCUCCCAGUGCUGUAAAUCAGUCAAUGGCGUUGCCCAGCCCCGCCAGCACGAUAGAAUCUCUCACCAGAGAGUUCCAAGAUUCACUCGAACUAUCAAGCUCUAAAUAUGGCAGCUCCCGCGGGUCCCUGAGCCUGCACGAGUCUCGUCCCAGCGAACGAGAUACUCGCACCACGCCAAGAGCUCCCACUGAUACCCCGCUCAGAGAUGAAGCCACGGCUCGUUCUGAAGACCGCAACGUACGUACACACAGUGAAGGACGUACGGCGCCUCCCUCUUCCAGACCUGCGGCCGCCAGACGCAGUAACUCGGAAUCACUAGGCGGGUCCCGUCGUCGGUCGGCGGGCGACGAGGCGGCGCUGGGGCUGGCCUCCUCGCUGCGCACGCGCACUGUCUCCGGACAUCAACUCACUGACAUAGAGAUAUUGGAACAAGUCACCGUGCUGAACUUGGAUACUGGCGAGCGCGUCCCGCUGAGCGUGGCGGAGCACAAGCUGCCGCAGUGCAUGAACCCGCUCAGUCUGCACAUCAUGCGCCUCACGUCCGAGUACAUCGGCCGCGCGCACGACCAGGACCUCGCCAGGGAGACAGACGAAGAGAGUGAGAGUGUGUGCGCGGGCGGCGCUGAGGACGAAGCGAAGGAGAUGAAGAGAGAGUCCACUGACAGACAGACUACUGGUAUCAAGAGGAAGACUGAAAAAUUGAAGCGUUUCUUCGGUAGCACGGUAAAGAAGACAGUGGACGCGGCGAAGUCGCUCGCUCAGGAAGUGUCUCAAGCUCGGCACAAGGAGGACGUGGCGGACAUCGCGGACGACGUGCGCGGGGAACAUAACAUCAAGCUGAAGGCUUCCAACUCACAUAAAGGACCUUACGACUUCGAUGGCUGUGUUCGACAUGUGCAGGAGAUGGGGUCGGGUCACUGCGGCGCGGUGUGGUGCUGCAAGUUCAGCGGCUGCGGGCGCCUGCUGGCCACCGCCGGCCAGGACAAGCUGCUGCGGGUCUGGGUCACCAGGGACGCGUACCACAUGUUCCAGGACAUGCGCACCAAAUACAACUUAGAACAGAAAUCAUCUCCGACCCCCUCCCAGGAGUCCCUAGCGUCCCUAUCAGGUCGUGCCCCCUCCCCCCCUCCGUCCCCCUCAGCCCCCUUCUGCUCGGCCCCGUUCUGUGUGUACGCAGGUCACUCGUCCGACUUGCUAGACGUGUCGUGGUCUAAGAACUAUUUCUUAUUGUCGAGUUCCAUGGACAAGACUGUCCGACUAUGGCACAUCUCGCGCGGAGAGUGUCUGUGUUGCUUCCAACAUAUUGACUUCGUGACGGCCAUCGUGUUCCAUCCGAGGGACGAUCGAUACUUCCUGUCUGGUAGUCUCGAUGGCAAGCUGCGGUUGUGGAAUAUUCCUGAUAAGAAGGUCGCAGUAUGGAACGAAGUUGACGGCAAAACGAAACUAAUAACAGCAGCUAACUUCUGUCAAAAUGGUAAAUUCGCAGUAGUAGGCACUUAUGACGGACGCUGUAUCUUCUACACUACAGACCAACUCAAAUACCACACACAGAUAGACGUGCGGUCCACACGAGGGAAGAAUUCCACAGGAAGAAAGAUCAGUGGUAUUGAACCUAUGCCAAAUGAUGACAAAAUCCUCGUCACGUCUAACGACAGUCGAAUCCGACUCUAUGACCUACGAGACCUAAACCUAUCGUGCAAAUACAAAGGUUACGUCAACGUCUCAAGUCAAAUCAAAGCUUCAUUCUCCCACGAUGGAAAGUACAUCGUAAGCGGUUCAGAAAACCAGUGUAUCUAUAUUUGGAAAACGUACCACGAUUAUUCAAAAUUCACGUCAGUUCGUCGAGAUCGAAACGAUUUCUGGGAAGGCAUUAAGGCUCAUAAUGCUUUGGUCACUUGUGCUGUGUUCGCGCCAAACCCUGAUCAUAUGAUCCGUAUGAUCAGUGAGAGGGAGCAGGAGGCGAAGUUAGCUGAUGAUGGCGCUGAUAACGAGGAAGUGAAGGGCGCAGAAGGUGGUAUGGUAGCAUCUUCCCAGACUGGUCACGUUUUAGUGAGCGCGGACUUCAACGGAUGCAUCAAAGUGUUUGUGCACAAGGCCAAGCCCAAGCACAGCUCGUUACCGGCCUCUGCACUGGCCUGA